GCCAGCAGCAGCAGGAACCGGAGCCGGAGCUAGAGCUCUUCCUUUGCGUUCGGAAGAUAUGGCAGAAUCUCGCAGCAAUAGAGCGGCCGUUCAGGCUACUAACGACGAUGCAUCCGCCAGUAAAUUGUCUUGUGUCAAAAAGGGAUAUAUGAACGACGACUAUGUUCACCUCUUUGUGAAAAGGCCUGUUCGAAGAUCUCCCAUCAUUAAUCGAGGUUACUUUUCCCGUUGGGCUGCCUUCCGAAAGCUUCUCUCUCAGUUUCUAGAAACUUCUUCUCCAGCCAAGAAACAGAUACUCUCACUCGGAGCUGGCUUUGAUACUACGUUUUUUCAAUUGCUGGAUGAGGGGAAAGGCCCCAAUUUGUAUGUAGAGUUGGAUUUUAAGGAGGUAACAAGUAAGAAGGCUUCUGUUAUUCAAAACUCCAGCCAACUGAGGGACAAACUUGGAGCUAAUGCAUCUAUUUCUAUUGAGGAAGGCCAAGUGCUCAGUGAUCAUUACAAGUUACUUCCAGUUGACCUGCGUGAUAUACCAAAAUUAAGAGAUGUUAUAUCCUUUGCAGAUAUGGAUCCAAGUCUGCCGACAUUUAUUAUUGCAGAAUGUGUUUUGAUUUAUCUGGACCCCGUUUCAAGCCGUGCCAUCGUCAAUUGGGCCUCAAAAAUGUUUACUACUGCAGUAUUUUUCUUAUAUGAGCAGAUCCAUCCAGAUGAUGCAUUUGGACAUCAAAUGAUUAGAAAUUUGGAGAGUCGGGGGUGUGCACUCUUAAGCAUUGAUGCAUCACCAACUUUACUUGCAAAGGAGAGAUUGUUUCUUGACAACGGAUGGCAGAGGGCUGUUGCCUGGGACAUGCUAAAAGUGUAUGGUAGUUUUGUUGAUACUCAAGAAAAACGCAGGAUCGAGCGAUUGGAGUUGUUUGACGAAUUUGAAGAGUGGCACAUGAUGCAGGAACAUUACUGCGUCGCAUAUGCUGUCAAUGACGCAGUGGGAAUAUUUGGAGAUUUCGGUUUCACAAGAGAAGGGGGCAGUGAAAGUGAAAGCAUGGACAUCUCAUCAGCAUCGUCACCCUGAAAAAGGAGGAGAGUUUUGUAUUGCAUGGGUGGGAUCCCCGGAAAUUGCUGCAACUGGUACAUUAGUUUAGACCUAUUUAUCAGUUGGUGGAAAACCCGUGGUGGUGGGUAGAGGAAUCUGAUGGUGCUUUACCAAAUUUGUUUAGGAAUGACGAUGGGUUGGUUGGUUGUAGACGGAAUGUGAUUGAUUGCACUUGCACACAGAGUCGAGUCCUAGAAAGAGGCCUUUCUUUGGGUGUUGAGCAGAUAAACAAAGGGAAAACACGAACUCUUGUCUGCAUUGUUUGAAAUAAGAAAUGCUGCUACUUGAUUGAUGGACAUGUGAAUUAGUAAGGCCUAUUGGUCGCACUUUUACCCUUCGGGUUAUGUGGGCUGGGCCUCCAAAUGUGUCUUCUUGUUUUUUUUUUUUUUUUUUUUUUACAGCAGUUUCAAAAGGUCUUGUUGUGUGUACAACAAAGAAAGAAGAAAAACGCACUCUCAAAUACUAUGUUUUUUCUUUUAUUUUA